AUGGAGAUGUCAGAGAAGAGCUACAAGUAUGGAGUGACCGGGCCUCUUUCGACGAGGGAAAGUACGGAGGAGGAGAUCAGGCUAUCUGGAGAAAUGGACAAGUACCUACAGGAGCGUGGGUUCUUUGAGGACGAUAAGGAGGGGCAGACGAGAGAAAGGGUUCUUGGGAAGCUGAACUUCAUGGUCCGGGAGUUUGUGGCUCGGAUGGCAAGGAACAAGGGGAGCGGAGACGGCGAGAGGCCGUGUGGAGGAAAGAUAUUUACCUUUGGAAGCUACAGACUGGGGGUGCAUAGUAAGGGAGCGGACAUCGACGCCCUGUGCAUUGUGCCCAGGCAUGUUUCCAGAAGCGAUUUCUUCACCCAUUUCUACGAAGAGCUGAAAGGAGAUCCGAAUAUAGAGGAGGUUACAAAGAUAGAGGAUGCAUUUGUACCAAUAAUUAAACUCAAGUUUCAGGGGAUUCCGAUUGACUUAGUCUUUGCUAGGCUUAGCAUACCCGUUGUGAAGGAUGGAAUCAACUUGCUCAAUGACACGCUUCUGAAGAGCAUGGACGAGAAAUGCAUUUUGUCGUUGAAUGGAUCCAGGGUUACAGAUGAGAUGUUGAACCUUGUUCCAAGCGUAAAGACCUUCCACUCUGCACUGAGAUGCAUCAAGUACUGGGCAAAGAGAAGAUGUGUAUAUGGAAAUCCCUAUGGAUACUUUGGCGGGGUGGCGUUUUCGCUGUGUGUUGCUCGGGUCUGCCAGCUAUAUCCAAAUGCAUCGUCAUUUACCAUUGUCUGCAAGUUCUUUGAGCUAUUCUCAUCCUGGAAGUGGCCGACGCCUGUGAUUCUGCGGCCAGUGGUUGAUCUGAACUACAAUCUGAAGGUCUGGGAUCCCAAGGUGUAUCCCUCGGACAAGUACCACAGGAUGCCGGUGAUAACACCUGCAUAUCCCUCGAUGUGUGCAACGCACAACGUAUCGAACAGCACCCAGCAUGUCAUCACCAUGGAGUUUACGCGGGCACACAAGAUCCUAUCGGACCCCGAGAGGAAUGACUUUAGAAGGAUAUUCGAGCUGUCAGACUUCUUCAGCAGGUACAGGCUGUUUGUUGAGGUGCUGGCUAUGUCAAGCUGCGAGGAGGACUUCCCGAAGUGGGAGGGGUACCUGGAGUCGAAGAUCAGGAUCCUUGCGUCAAAGUUCGAGGCGGUUGACGACGUACUGUACGCCAUCCCGUUUCCGAAGGCGUUCAGGGUUGCAGAGGAGAGCAUUGAGAAGAUCGGGCCUAGGAUGGAGGGAAUGAAGAAGUGCACGGCGUUUUUCAUUGCGAUUGACGUGAUUCCUGUGAAGGGGAAGAAGGUGAUUGUAGAGCAGCAGGUCAAGGAGUUCAUAGAGUUUGUUAGGGAAUACGAAGGCAGGGCGAGCGGGAUGAGGAUUGAGGUCAACAGCCUGAAGAGAAAAGAUGUGCAGGGCUUCCUAAGGGUUUUCUAUGGGAAGGAAAGCCCGUCCAACGAGGAUAGCAGCAAAAGGAGAAGGGUCGAGUGA